UGCUUGCAUUUGUUUUAAGCCAUAUGGUAUUUUGAUAUUUCAUUACAAAAUAUAUUUUCUUAUCACAGACAUUAACACGAGCCCACAUCAAUAUUCAAGAUACAGAAAGCCAAAUUGAAAUGGGGGAUCGUUCAUCGAAUAAAAAUUAUGCGUUUGGAGAAAUCCCAAAAAAGCGAGGCACAUUGGCCGGGUGGACAGCAGGUGUCCUCAUCAUGAUUUUCGCUGGAUAUUAUGGCUGGAGAGUGAAUUCAAAGCAACCAAUCAGAAUUAAAAGAACACUUUAUUCUUGUCUCAACCAGUCUGCUAAUAAUGAAACAGUUCCAUUUGAUAUCCACAUGUAUCAUUAUUUGUUCUCUUUGUUGAUCAUUCUUUGGGGCGCCAUCUUCGGAAAAUUUACCCAGUGCUUUUGCAGGUUUGUUGAGGAAUUGCGCCAUCUUGAGAGUCGCCAUAGCAAUUCAUACUUUAAGACUAUCCAGAGCUGCUUCCAGGUGUUCUUCACGAAGGCAUUCGUGGGAGGAGUAGGCAUGAUGUUCAUUGCCAUGUACUUCAUGUGGUUUGCUCAUGAAUCCCUCUUUGAUCAUCAUGUGGACCACAUCGUGUAUUGGCCAAUGUUCAUAUCCUCAGUUGGCGUUAGCCUGAUUACAAAUUACAUGUUAGGUUUCAAGACACUGUCGGAAGUUGAGCUAAGUUUGGUUCAGGAAUCCAAUAACACAAAUGUUGCGCAAGGCAUGGGGUGGAGCUACUUCACUGGAUACUUGAGGAUCAUCCUACCAAAACUGAAAGAGACUAUAAGUCGGGACCCUAAAUGGAAGAAAGAGAUGGAAGCUGAAAACUUGCCAUGCAAGUUUUUUGCCAUUGUGCCACUCAACUGUAAAAUUCCUGCUAAACUUGGAGAGGAUGAAGUCAAACAUAAAGGGAUUACAUUUGAGGGCAAGCUACCGACAUUGUAUGUUGAUCGAGCCGGUGUUAAAGAUCGACCGUAUGUCAACUCUGUGUACAAAAUCCAAGAUGGUCAUGGUCGUUCAUUUUACGCCAUCUGCGAGUAUGUAACAAUCAUUGAUACGUUGUUCCAAAUGCCAUUGUCUGAUGCUAUCGACCAGAAGACACGUGAAGAACAAUGCCGUCUACUGGUCCGGAUUCUAGAGGAGCUGAUUUAUAAUGACGAGAAGUGCAGACACAAGUGUAAAAUAGUGAUGUUGUCAGGUGAAGACCGCCCUCUUUUGAGAGAUGCUAUUAUUGAUAAGAUCCAUGAAUCCAAGGUGGAUAUUCCCGAAUAGUAAUGAUGAAGUUAAACUGGAUUACAGUGCUGUAAUUUCAUACUGGGGAUUGCGAGAGAUUUUGUCCCACAUUACUUUUUUAUUUUAGGAUAGUCAGAUUCCCCUUUGUUUGAGCCCUUGUCGUUUCAUAAUGCUGAACAUAUGAAAAAUAUUGAGGAAUUGUUAAAGGAAAUCAGCGGUUAAUGCUGUCAUAAACAAAUAAAAGUAAUUGAAAUUCAUAUUGUUUAUAAAUGUUAAGGAUUGCCAAUUCUGUAAACAGUGAUGGUGUGUGUGCUAAUCUGUCUGAAUGUGUUAUAGUGCGUACAAUUUUUAUUAAGUGAUAAUCGAUGACAUCUCAAAAUUACCAGAAAAUACUUCCAUGUUUAAUAUAUUUUUUUUUUAAUCUUUAAAAACAUAUACUAUUUAUUUUAAUAAAGAAGGUUUUUACAAUAAAUUUUUGAAACAUGUUUCAGGGAAUUCACUAGGGGUGGGGAUGGAGGAGGCAAAUGUUUGUGGCUCAGCAAUUUAGACAGGGUAUUUUUAAACUGGUUUUCUACUUUAUAUACUGCAUUGAUUACAGAACUACUAAAGAAUACCUUAUUAAUAUUUUAAUCUUUUUUCCUAUUAUGAUUGACUUGUUUAUAACGUUUUAAUUGUUUUUUUACUUGUUAUUGCAAUAACACUACUUUGUGUUUCUUUUUAAGUGUGGACAGAAUUUUCAUAGGAAAACCACCAAACACUUCUUUGGUAUUUUUCCCAUGCUAUUUUUUUAUUUAAUGUAUUUUUAAUUGAAAUUUAAAUAAGAAAAUAUACAGUAUUAGUUA